GUACCUCCACGGGGCUAGAGGGGCCGGGGAGCGCAUCCCGCUCCCGCCGCCGCCGCCGCCGCCGCCGCCGCCCACGCGCUCGGAGUCCCUGGCCUCGCUCCCGGAGGCGGGGGCGCUGCGGGCGCGUGCGCGUCGGCCCCCGGCGCGGUCCAACCCGCGCGCCUGCCGGCCCGGGCCUCGCCGGCGCGCGCCGACUUCCGCCUCCGGUUCCGGGCGCUUCCGCUCUUAGCUGGGCCGGCGAGGAGAUUCGUACCUGUUCUGGGCGGUCGGUUUGAUGUCUUUCCAGCUUUAAGUCGUCCGGAGAUGGGUCUUACUGUUUCGCGGGGCCUAUGGGCUCCGUUGUCAGGAUUACUCUCUUCCCCAGGGUGUCCUGCGGACCUCCGGAUGCUGGCCUGUGGGAUUCAGCAGAAGAUGAGUCCUCUGUCUUCCUGUCGUCAGUAAGCCGCUCCUCCCAAGUGCUCUCCCGCCGUCCACUGUCCUCAUGUCUACCUUACUCCUCAAUUUGGAUUUUGGUGAACCUCCCCCCAAAAAGGCAUUAGAGGGGAAUGCCAAGCACCGAAAAUUUGUCAAGAAGAGGAGGUUCUUGGAACGGAGAGGUUUUCUGAAUAAGAAGAACCAGCACCCUAGCAAGGUGCCUAAGCUGCACCCAGACCCUCCGAAGAAAGGGGAAGCUCCUAGGGUGGAUGGCACUUGGAAGGUCUCUCCCCUUCCAAAGAAGAAGACCGCCGCCUCCAGCAGCGGACCAGAGCCGUCCCUGGACAGGAAAGCUGCGGUGCCUUGGCUGACCCCUGCCCCUUCACAGAAGGCCGGGUCUGUCGUGGCUAAAGUAGAUCUGCUGGGGGAGUUCCAGAGUGCUCUUCCAAAGACUAGGAGCCACCCAGCUCGCUCCCGGAAGAAGGGCCCCCAGAAGAACCCUACUCAGAAAAACGCCCCACAGAACUCCACCCAAUCUCAUUUGGAGAAUAAAUGCUCCGGGGCGUCGCAGAAGACACCAGGGAAAAUGGUGGCGAUUGACUGCGAGAUGGUGGGCACAGGACCCAAGGGGCACGUCAGUUCCUUGGCUCGAUGUAGCAUCGUCAGCUACCACGGAGAUGUGCUUUAUGAUGAGUACAUCCUCCCCCCCUGCCACAUCGUGGACUACCGGACCAGAUGGAGUGGCAUCCGGAAGCAGCACAUGGUGAACGCCACACCCUUCAAGGUCGCUCGGAGCCAGAUCUUGAAGAUCCUCGCAGGGAAGAUAGUGGUGGGGCAUGCCAUCCACAACGACUUCAAAGCCCUUCAGUACUCCCACCCCAAGUCCCUCACCCGCGACACCUCCCACAUCCCGCCCCUCAACCGGAAGGCCGAGUGCCCAGAGAACGCCACCGUGUCCCUCAAGUGUCUCACCAAGAAGCUUCUGAACCGGGACAUCCAGGUUGGGAAAAGCGGGCAUUCCUCCGUGGAAGACGCUCAGGCCACCAUGGAGCUGUACAAGUUGGUUGAAGUCGAGUGGGAACAGCACCUGGCCCAGAAUCCCCCAAAGGACUAGCGGCCGCGGAGGCGCCGGUGACGAGAGGUGGAGAGCAGCCCUGUGCCCGGGGAAGACCGGGCAGCAGGACUGGGCAGCGGCCCGGCUCGCUGCCCCAACCGGGAGAGACCAGCUCCACCCCACACUUAGUAUUCAUUGAAAUUUCACCUCCGG